UGCUGCCGCCACUACCGCGCCUCCGCCUUGGCCGCCGCCACAGCUUCAUCGCGUCCCUUUCCCUUCGACGCCCUUGCCAGGCCCAGCCUUCCUGCGCCGCCGCCGCCGCCCUUUGUGCCGCCAUGCCGCUUUAUUCAGUUACUGUGAAAUGGGGAAAGGAGAAGUUUGAAGGUGUAGAAUUGAACACUGAUGAACCUCCAAUGGUGUUCAAGGCUCAGCUUUUUGCACUGACUGGAGUCCAGCCGGCCAGACAGAAAGUUAUGGUAAAAGGAGGAACGUUGAAGGAUGAUGAUUGGGGAAACAUCAAAAUAAAAAAUGGAAUGACUCUACUAAUGAUGGGGUCAGCAGAUGCUCUUCCUGAGGAGCCCUCAGCUAAGACUGUCUUUGUAGAAGACAUGACCGAAGAACAGUUAGCAUCUGCGAUGGAAUUACCAUGUGGAUUGACAAACCUUGGUAACACUUGUUACAUGAAUGCCACAGUUCAGUGUAUUCGUUCCGUGCCUGAACUCAAAGAUGCCCUUAAAAGGUAUGCAGGUGCCUUGAGAGCUUCAGGGGAAAUGGCUUCAGCACAGUACAUUACUGCAGCCCUUAGAGAUUUGUUUGAUUCCAUGGAUAAAACGUCUUCUAGUAUUCCACCUAUUAUCCUACUGCAGUUUUUACACAUGGCUUUCCCACAGUUUGCGGAGAAGGGUGAACAAGGACAGUAUCUUCAACAGGAUGCUAAUGAAUGUUGGAUACAAAUGAUGCGAGUAUUGCAACAGAAAUUGGAAGCUAUAGAAGAUGAUUCUGUUAAAGAGACAGAUUCUUCAUCUGCAUCAGCAGUGACACCUUCUAAAAAGAAAAGCUUAAUUGAUCAGUUCUUCGGAGUUGAGUUUGAAACUACCAUGAAAUGUACAGAAUCUGAAGAAGAAGAAGUCACUAAAGGGAAGGAAAAUCAGCUUCAGCUUAGCUGUUUUAUCAAUCAAGAAGUCAAGUAUCUUUUUACAGGACUUAAAUUGCGACUUCAGGAAGAAAUCACCAAACAGUCUCCGACAUUGCAAAGAAAUGCUUUAUACAUCAAAUCUUCCAAGAUCAGCCGACUACCUGCUUACUUGACUAUUCAGAUGGUUCGAUUUUUUUAUAAAGAGAAGGAAUCUGUGAAUGCUAAAGUUCUUAAGGAUGUUAAAUUUCCUCUUAUGUUGGACGUGUACGAACUAUGUACACCAGAACUUCAGGAGAAAAUGGUCUCUUUUCGAUCAAAAUUCAAGGAUCUAGAAGAUAAAAAAGUGAAUCAGCAGCCAAAGACAAGUGACAAAAAGAGUAGUCCCCAGAAAGAAGUUAAAUAUGAACCUUUUUCUUUUGCUGAUGAUAUUGGCUCCAAUAAUUGUGGAUACUAUGAUUUGCAAGCAGUGUUAACACAUCAGGGAAGGUCUAGCUCUUCAGGCCAUUAUGUAUCAUGGGUAAAAAGGAAACAAGAUGAGUGGAUUAAGUUUGAUGAUGAUAAGGUCAGCAUCGUGACACCGGAGGAUAUCUUGCGGCUUUCUGGUGGUGGAGACUGGCAUAUAGCAUAUGUAUUACUGUAUGGGCCUCGCAGAGUUGAAAUAAUGGAAGAGGAAAGUGAACAGUAAUUUUAGCUAUUUAUGUUUAGGUGUGAAAUAAAUGUUAUUUGUUGAUCAUUUCUAUAAUCCAGAGCUUUAGCAGAAGCUAUUUAGGUGGUUUUAUGUGUAUCCCCUCGUGUGGAACAAAAGAGGGUGGAAGCAGACCACUCUGUGGAUCAACCUAAAAAAAAUUACAGAAUAAAGAAAAUUGCCUUUGGACUGUGCUCCCCUGUAUAAAGGUUGCAGGAAGAUAUUUUUUAAAAGCUUAUUUCUUGCAUUAAUUUUUAAAAAUUCUCAUCUGAAAAUGCCUUUCAACCAUUACCUUCUGUGAUAAAUUUUUUCUCCCUUUUUCAGCCCAGGAUUCAGCAAUCAGAUGUUUAUUGCACACCUACUCUUUGUUGUUGUUCUUGCAUGGUUCAAACCACCGGUGAUUCAUAGCUGCCCAUCCUUUGCCUUAUCUAACAAAAAUUUUACCAGGAAGGUAGAAAGGAAGUAAGUGUUUUUCUCAUUGUGUUACUCAGUGCUGCUGCCCACAUCCCAUGGAAACAUGGGUACAAUCAAGUAUUUGUCCAGCCUGACUGUUGCUGGCUUUUCAUGACUUUAAAAUAAAUUGUGAUCAGUAAUAGUACAUUUGAUUAUACAUUUAUUACUGUGUCUCUCUGUACUAUUUGUAUAUUUAACUUUGCAAUGGUUUUGUAGUCAUCAACCUUUAAAAAAAAAAAAGUUGACAAGCUGUGGUUGCUUAUUUUUAGAAAAUGAGGAUAUUUAAUAAAAAAAAAAAAAAAGGAGGG